CAACAUUUUUAAGUUCGGUUAGUUUGACCUACGUUAAAUGCGGAUGGCGUGAUCACAGUGGGAACACUUUAUAUAAUAAAGCCAUACGUGAAUCAUAGCUACACUUUAAAACACUCAGACAUUACCUGAGACCUAACAGCAGCAUUACAUUUUCUGUUUGUAUUUUGAUUUUUCACCCCCAGAAAUAACCACGGGCUGCUUGCUAUAACCAGCUAGUCGAUUGCUAGCCCAGAAUGCAAACCGUCUCACAGGAACAAACAAGCAACCACACAUAACUUCUUUCAGUUGUGCGUCCGCAAAGCAAGUGAGCGUCAACGAGUCAGAUGGCCGAGUUUUGAUGUCCUCUAACUACCCGACAUCUCUUGAAAGCAGGGUUUCUAUUAUUCCUCUCCGGGUCUCCAGGGCUCACCUGCCGCCUCCACUGUAGCACACUCCCUGCUGCACACGGGAAGCUUAAACAAAUUUAAAUCCAUUUUUUAAUUUAAUCAAACUUCACAAAAGCACGUGUUCUCCUCCUGUGAGUAGAACAGGCAGCACGCACCCGGGUGGGGGGCGGGGAACUUGUCUGGCAAGCGCAGGUCAGUGCCCCUUUCUUGUAAAAGACUGAGCUGUCAGGGAAAGACCAAGCCGGUGACCCUUCAUUCAGCGGCUGCAGAUUGGAGCUGCCAGGCCUGGAGGCACACUGCUUACACCAAGGAGCUGCUCUAAAGAGUGAGCGAAGACGGUCAUGGGAAAGAUCUUAUCAAAACAAAACCAGAAGCCACCUCAGGUGGUCUUGAUGGGACUGGAUGGGGCAGGGAAGUCAACACUCCUCUCUAGGCUCCAGUGCAAGCGCAGGAUGGACACCUCCCCGACUGUGGGCUUCAAUGUGGGAACGCUGGACCUGGAAAAUGGCUUGGCUCUGACGGUCUGGGACGUGGGGGGCCAGAGUGAGAUGCGGUCCAACUGGAAGUACUACCUGGACGACUGCAAGGCACUGGUGUUUGUGGUGGACGGCGUGGACCGUGCCCGUCUGGGGGAGGCACACAAGGCCCUGCGGAAGGUUCUGAAAGAGGAGGCCCUGAAGGGGGUCCCUCUAAUGGUGCUGGUCAAUAAGAAGGACCUCCCUAACUCCAUGACCAUCCGCGAGGUGUCCACCCAGCUAGAUCUGCCGAACAGCAAGGAUCGGGACUGGCAGAUCCAAGCAUGUAGUGGCUACUCAGGCCUGGGGCUUCAGCAGGCCUUCCUGUCUGUGACCAAACUAAUCAAACACCACCAUUGAGGAGCCCAACUAAUCACUCACCAACACUGAGGAACCAAACUAAUCACAGACCACCACUGAGGAGCCCAACUAAUCAAACACCAUUUCACUGAUCCAAACUAAUUAAACAGCAGCACUGAGGAGCCAGACUAAUCAAACACCACCAAGAAGCUGAGCAGCCGGUCAUUCAAUUCAAGUUGCAGUGCAGCCAUUUUCAUCAAAUUGAUAUUGAGAUUGGUGUCAAGAGAAAAGGCUCUUGAUGCUAAUGAACCAAGAGCAUAUCAUUUACAACUGUACUACUGUACUAAUUGUAAAACAUUUUCUAGUACUCCAGUGAUAAAUGGGUUGACAUGUAAAAGUUGUAAAGUUGUAGCUUAUUCUGUUUUUUUGUUGCCCAACUUUUCUGUAUGCAACCAUCACUGUACCUGUAUGUAGACAAGUAUGCAAUGCUGGUUUCGGUUUGUGACUCACAUGUGACACAAUUACACGGCAGAAUGUAACAGCGUGUGUGUACGGUAAUUUCUAGUCUGAAAAAUUUAAAGUUAAAAAGCAUUAGCCCCACUCUUGAUGCUCAGGAUUUCAGUGAUAGGCAUCCAACAUUCUGAAAAAUUGAGAAUAAAAGGUUUAAACAGUU